UCGGCAGCCAGAGGAACUUUUUUUGUUUGCCCAACAACCCAUCAAUUGGUUUGUUUUGAGCAGCAGACCAAACAAGUGGGUGAAGCGAAGUGCGACGUGGAAUUGACGCGAUUCUCUAAGCGUCUUAAAUUCUACCGUCACCGUUCAUUUUGGGCCACAACUGCAGCAACAGCUGUGGAGUGGUGAUCUGGCAUAGCCUGCGGCUUCGCGGCAAGUGGCACAACCCACGUCGCACUUGUAAAUGAGACCGGCUGCCAGUGCUGAAAGAGACAACGCAGCGACAACUUUACCUCAUUGAUGAUCCCCAUGAAAGAACGCAAAGAUCGCAAGGAAAUCAUGAACGGACGCACCAUUCGCAUCAAUCGUGUGCCAGCCACCAUCACAGCCAUUCUGCUGACCAUUGUGCUCGUCUACUUUCUCAACUUCCAUCAGGAGGAGCGACCAUCCAUCUAUGGCAUGCUCCGCAGCGACAACAAAGUAAAUCUACGUAAAAUGCUGAUUGCCGCCAUUCAAGCGGCACAACGCGGUGGUCUCGAGAUAGUCGAUGUAGCCAACAGCCGUCAGCUGAAGGAGCGCAGCAAAGGCAAAACAGCCGAGGGCGUCAAUGAUCCUUUCACUGAUGCCGAUGGGAGAUCGCAUUGUGUGAUGAAGCAGGGCCUGAAACGCAUCUUUCCACGGGUGCAUAUCUUCUCGGAAGAGGAUAAGGAGCAUUGUCAAGAUGCGCACAGCUUCGACUUGGACCCCACAGUGCUGCACGAAACGGCCAUUGUGCCCGACGUGGCUGUGACGGCCCAAGACGUCACUGUCUGGGUGGAUCCACUGGAUGCCACCAAGGAGUUUACAGAGGAACUCUAUGAAUAUGUGACCACAAUGGUGUGUGUGGCUGUUGCUGGCCAGCCAGUUAUUGGCGUCAUCCAUAAUCCCUUCAGUGGACACACGGCUUGGGCGUGGGUGGGCCAUAGCAUGUCGGAGUAUCUGGCCGAAUUGCACAAGCUGCCGCGUGCUGAUAAAGGCAGCGAUCCCAUCAUCACCAUCUCCAGAUCGCACACUGCCGCCGCCCAGGAUGUGACGCGUGCUGUCUUUGGGCAGAACGUUAACAUCCUGACAGCUGCCGGCGCUGGCUAUAAAGUGCUGCAGGUGGUGGCCAACAAUGCCACAGCUUACCUGCACACGUCCAUCAUUAAGAAGUGGGACAUUUGCGCUGGCGACGCAAUACUGCGUGCUCUGGGCGGCGCCAUGACCACGCUGAACGAUGAAUCGAUCAACUACGGACCCAAUGAGUCGCCCGUGAAUAAGGACGGUCUCUUGGCUAGCCUCACACAUCACGGCGAUUACAUGGAGCGUGUGUCCAAAUAUCGUGCUCAACACAAUGGCAAGCUGAGGUAGUGAAGGAGUCCUAACUAUCCCCAUACUACCACAUAUACACUCUCUGGAAUCGGGAAUCGAGAAUCUCUGGCAGCAGAUGCUGUGUGCACGUGGAACGUCCUCAGCUUAGGCAUAAGUUUAAAGUAGCGAAACAAAAACCUGUUUUUCAUGUCGAUUCGUCUCAACUUCGACGGGUCAUGAACCCCAAGAAGACUCGCGUCCAACUGAAUAAAAUUACAUAAUUAUUUUUUUUA